AGUAUACUGAAUACAUUUAGAUAAAAUCGAGAUAAAUUAUAUUCUGACAGAUUCUCUGUCGACGAUUUAAUUUGAGAAAUAAAAUAUGCCCUUCAAAUCCACUGUUUUCGUAAAGAUUACCUGCUAGGUGCUGCGUGGAAUAUCAACAUAACAAAGGUGUUUUAGGAAUCUUUAGAGAAAUUGCAAACUGCAAGAUGUUUCCUUAUAUUAUGACUCUCUCACCUCAAGGAUUUUAGGAGGAUUUUAAAUUGUGAAACAUAAAACAGCAUUGAAUCGAGUGAACAUCAACAAUAUGGAACCUUUCAAUAGGGAAUGUACACCACCCUGGUACGGUCAAAAAUUUAAUAAAGGAGAACUCGUUCUAAAACGACAUCGAUCUCUUCAACAAAAAUACAAGGACAGAGAAAGAAAUAAACAAGUUUUACAGGGAUGGUUACCAGAUGAUCAAGUGUUUGUUGAAAUAUCCUCCUUUCCAUCUAUCAUCAAGAAAGUGAGAGAAAAUCAGAUAUGCAUCAUAAUGGGAUCGUGCAACUCGGGUAAAACCGCAACCAUGCGACAUAUUGCACUCCUACUUCAAGACGAUUAUGAAGUAAUAUCUGUAUCAGAUCCAAUUGAUAUAAUAAAUUUUGGAAAUCACGAUGAUAUUCAACUUUUCACCCUUGAUAAUUUUUUUAACAAGUUGACCAUGGAAAGAAAAGAUAUGGAGAAGUUGGAUAACUUAGAGCCGAGCAUCAACUAUGCUCUUGGCGAGAAAUCAAAACUUAUCAUGACAUGUGACAAAGAAACUUAUCAACUUAUGAAAUCGAAUGGUUUUGUUUUUCAUGCUGAGUCUGUUGUUGAUUUAGACAGUGAAGAGUAUCAAAUAAACCUGGAGGAAAGAGAACUAAUUCUUGUUAGGCAUCUUAAAGACCAAACAAAAUCAAGAGUUCUCUCAGAGAAAUUGUCUCUGAUUCAAAAUAUUGAACAUUAUUCAGUUCUCUGUAAUCUUUUCAGCAGAAUAUAUAAGAUUCAAGAUUUUCAUUCCACGUUCUUUAUACAUUGGCGUGAAUGUAUAUAUCGUAUAUCUUAGAUUCCAUGAAAAGAGAAUGCAGUUUACAGUAUGCAGUUCUUGUCUUAUGUGUACUAAGUAAAAAUGGAUUAAUGCCAGAAAAAUUAGAAGAAUUGGUGAAUGAAAAAUAUCAAAUUUUUCAUGAUAUCAAUGUCAACCAAAAAGUAUAUUCUAAAGAAGUUGAAAAGAUACUAUCUGAACAAUUAGGAAAGUUCGUAAUGAUUAAUGACAAUUCUUCCUAUGUUAUAAUCCAUACCAUACUUGCUGAAGAAAUAGCGCUUCACUAUGGACGCGACUUCCCUGCCAUGCUCUUAUCGAACAUGAGCUAUUGCUUUAUUCAAAGAUGGCUAGAAAUGCACAUGGAUUGGACCAAACACCACCAAAAGUUAGACAAUCCUAUCUCUGUUAUAGAAAAUAACAGUUGCACUGCAGUUUGGAGUCGUCUGACUUCAAGCAGAGACAUGGGAGAUCUGCAUUCAGCAUUUCAGAGUAAGCUGUUGUGUAAUAAGGCAAUUCUUGAAAAGUUCAUGAGUUUACUUGAAAAAAAAUCUUUCGAAGAAAUCAAGAAUACUUUCUUGUCACCUCAGACCUCUUUUCAAAAGGUUGUUCCUGGUGCAUUUCAAGGACACCUGUCAUGGUGUCAUUCAAAUAAGUCUUAUCAAAAGAUAUUCCUGACAGCAUCACGUGACAUUACAGAAGACAUGUUACUUGCUGAUCGCACGAGAGAAUAUGAGGAAUGGACACAAAAUAUUCGCAUUAUUUCUUGGGUUAUCUAUCACGGUCACACUGAGAUUUUAGAAUAUAUUUUGAAGGUUGCCAAAGAAAAUGGCAUGGAUGUCAGGGAAGCUCUGGUCAUGGGAAAUCCAACUCCUGAGGCAGAAAAGGAAGCAAGCAGAUUAAUGGUUCUUGCGUGUUAUGGAGGCAGUGAAGAAAUGGUGAAGCUGCUGCUUUCAAAUUUGAAAGCUGAACAUAUAGAUCAACAUUCAAAGCGAUACUGUACCUCUGAUGUUUACCAUGCAGAUACUCCUUUAACUGCUGCUUGUCGACGCGGACACUUCCCAGUGGUUAAACUUUUAGUGGAAGCAGGAGCGGGUGUCAACCAAGUCAAUGCUUUCAAUGAGUCUCCUUUAUGCGCAGCUUUAAAAUCGAAGAAUAUUGUACUGAUCAAAUUUCUCCUAGCGAGAAAAUCAUCCAAAAGUAAAUCUGAAUUGAUGCAUUCGGAAGAACCACCAAAUAUAGAGUUGCUCGAUUUGUGUAUGGAAAAUGGUAAAUCAGACGUUGGGAAUCUAAUGCUGAUGGCGUCGAAAUCUGGAAAUUUAUCAUCUGUCAAAUAUCUCCUAAAUAGCUUGAAAUGUAGUGAUCAACAAAAUCACUAUAAAACUUCAUCUUUAAUGAUUGCUAUCAAACGUGGUCAUCAAGAGGUAGUAAAGGCUUUAGUGGAAGCCGGUGCAGGUUCCGAUGGUAUUUCAGCGCUUAAUGUUGCUAUGAGUGAAGAAAACCUUGACAUCGCAAAAGAUCUUAUCAGGCAAUUCAAAAUAUGCAAAAAUAUGGAAUCAGAUUUAACGCCACUUGUCCACGCUGCUGAAUCAGGCAAUUUCACAAUUUUAAAAGAGUUGCUAAUUACCUGUCCAAAGGAAAAAUGUACAUAUUUAGCAAAAAACAUCUCUCUGCUUGAGAUAGUAUCAAAGAGUUCUGUUGAAGUUGCCCUCUUGCUUAUUAAGCAUGGAGCAAACGUCAACGAAGAAGAUCGCGACAGAAGAACUCCACUGUAUGUCGCAUCGGUACAGGGUAUACUUGCAGUUGUGUUCUCUCUGAUCUGCGCAGGAGCAAAACAUAAUGUGCGAAUAAAUAAAUACAAGUAUUUUCCUGUCUAUAUAGCAUCAAAAAAUGGACACCUUGAAGUCGUCAAAUUGUUAAUUACAGCGGGAGCAAACUUAAAAAUGAAAACGGAAGAAGGUUUUACAUCUCUCAUGAAAGCAGUUUUGGAAAACAAACCUGAAAUUGCAAGAUGUUUGGUUGGUGCUGAGAAUUCGAAAGAAAACUUAAGUGGAAACUAUCAUCUUUUUGAAAUUUUGAAAAGUUUUAAUGGAGCAGAUUUUUAUCUGAACGAGUUUGACGACAUUGUACCUAGAAAAAGAUUUGGUUUUCUUGUAAGGAAAGAAGGAGAAGUGAUGGAACAUAUCAUUGAUAAAGACGCACGACAUCUCCGUCACCUAUUAGACCUUGGAUUAGAUCCAAAUGAUGAGCUAGCUAUAUAUGAAGGAUCCCGAGAUAAUGCGCAUAAGGUGUCAUUGUUAUCCCUUUUUGUAGAUAAGUGGCUCGUAGCAACACAGCGAAUUAAAAAGAUUGAAUUGUUAGUCGAACGAGGAGCUAAAUAUAGUGUUGAAGAUCUUCGCUAUGCCCCUAUUUGUGAGUGUGAUUCCUCUUUCUUAGAUGUAAUGAAUGAGGUUCGAUGCCACAUCAGAAGAAAUUCGAUUUAACCAAACGUGCAGAAGUAUAAUGUAUGCAACGAAGUUAGCAAAGCUUCAUCUCUUUGAAAUAAACUUUGUACAAUAAAUCAUUACAAUGGAAUUGGAAUAUAUAUUAAAUUCAUAUAGCAUAUAAUCGCCCUAAAUGUCAUUUUGUGCUUGCAAUACCAAUUUAAUCGUUAAAUUAUUAUAUGUGGAGGAUGUAACCGUUAGGACGAGCGAAAAUACUUAUUCAGUUUUAAUUUAGAUCGAACUCGUCAAACAACAAGUGGUAUUUAGUGCGUCUAAACUCUGAUGUCAAAUAACAUCGUAUUAUUAUGCUGCAUUAAUUACCAAAUCGAAGCCUGACAACUGCUGAUUUGAAUGAAGAACCGUUUUAUCGACCAUUUGUCUGCUUUACUUUUUUGUUGUUAUUCUCACGAGAACGUGGUUUUACGAAACAACGCAUUGUGGGUUCAAAGUUUCUCCGGAAAAAAUUCAAAAGAACGAAUGUGCAGUGGUAUUUCCCCUUCGCUCAUGCGUCGUCGUUAGGGCUUGCUGUGCUUGUUUUUUAUCUAGCAAACUUUUUACGCUUUUGGUAUUAUGAAAAUAUGUUCUUUAACUAUUACUUUGUUUAAAGUAUAUUAUUAGUCACACUGUUAGGGACCUAAUACGGUGUCAUAGAGUGUGUGAAAUGGAUAUCCGUAAUGGGCGAGGCGAAUUUCACACCCUGUAU